GUGGCGUUCUCCCAUAGCCAGAAUUGCUAGGGCUCGGUGUCCGACCACUAUCCGGUGCGGCGGUGCCUCCGAUCAGGUCAUAGGGCACCAGCCACCGCGUACAUCCACUCCUCCAUUCCUCAACGGAAGUUUCUAGAAGAGGUGACAACGAACCUGCUCUUAUGUUGUCGUAAAGGUCAUCGGCACCCAACUGCCUACGACAUCGUUGUUGCUGCUCCUGCAUGCACAAGAGUCGGGCCGAUGGCCUCUACCUCCGAUCUGUGCCCUCUCCUCUUGCCACAAAGCUAACGUCAUGAAGCAUAAUACUAAUAAAAGUAUUGACCAAAGAACGCAAAUGGCUUCUUCAAAUGGUCAUGUCAUACCUAAUGUAUCUCAAAAUGAUUCAAAGCUCGAGCUCUUUGGUUUUGAUUCUCUAGUCAACAUUUUGGGACUCAAGAGUAUGGCAGGAGAACAGCCUCAAGCACCAUCCAGUCCAACGGAUAGCGAUGAUGUGGAGAUAACCAUUGGAUGCCCUAAGGAAACUGAGCCUAAACUUGGCACCUUGAUGGGUGUAUUUGUUCCAUGUUUGCAGAACAUCUUGGGAAUAAUAUAUUAUAUCCGUUUUACUUGGAUUGUGGGCAUGGGAGGCAUAUGGCAGUCACUUGUAUUGGUCGCAUUUUGUGGUGCAUGCACAUUUUUAACUGGAUUAUCAUUAAGUGCAAUUGCAACGAAUGGAGCAAUGAAGGGUGGUGGCCCUUACUAUCUAAUUGGUCGUGCACUUGGUCCAGAAGUUGGGAUUAGUAUUGGAUUGUGCUUCUUCCUUGGAAAUGCAGUUGCUGGAGCUAUGUAUGUGUUGGGAGCUGUAGAAACAUUUCUAGAUGCUAUUCCGUCAGCUGGAUUUUUCCAAGAGACUAUAACGGUGGUCAACAACACAUUAGUAAAUGGUACAACAAAAAGUGGCGCAACAACUAUAUCAACACCAAGUCUGCAUGACCUCCAGAUCUACGGUGUGAUCGUGACCAUAUUACUCUGUUUUAUUGUAUUCGGAGGCGUCAAGAUCAUCAACAAGGUUGCACCUGCUUUCUUGGUCCCAGUCCUCUUCUCAAUACUAUGCAUUUACAUUGGCGUCUCCAUUGCGCCAGAGCCUGGUGCUUCAAAGGGAAUCACUGGGUUGAGCAUCGUCACACUUGCGGAGAACUGGGGUUCAGAGUACCAACCUACAAACGAUGCUGGUGUUCCUGAUCCAAAUGGAUCGAUAUACUGGGAUUUCAAUGCAUUGCUAGGACUCUUUUUCCCGGCAGUCACCGGAAUCAUGGCUGGUUCAAACCGGUCUGCAUCACUAAGAGACACACAGAGUUCCAUACCAGUUGGAACGUUAAGUGCUACCCUUUCGACUACUGUGAUGUACCUGCUAUCUGUGUUUAUUUUUGGAGCCUUGGCUACAAGAGAAGAGCUUCUAACUGACAGGCUUCUCGCUGCAGCGAUCGCGUGGCCUGGUCCAGCAAUGAUCUACAUUGGAAUCAUUCUGUCCACCUUGGGCGCAGCGCUACAGAGCAUGACAGGGGCUCCGAGGUUACUCGCGGCGAUAGCGAACGACGACAUCCUCCCCAUCCUCAACUGUUUCAAGGCCUACGAAGGGUCUGAGCCUCAUGUGGCGACUCUGUUCACGAGCUUCAUAUGCGUUGCCUGUGUCGUGAUCGGGAACCUGGAUCUGAUCACGCCCACCAUCACCAUGUUCUUCCUUCUGUGCUAUGCUGGUGUUAACUUGUCGUGCUUUCUUCUGGAUCUCCUGGACGCUCCUAGCUGGCGCCCUCGCUGGAAGAUACACCACUGGCUCCUCUCGCUGGUCGGUGCAACUCAAUGUAUCGUUAUCAUGUUUAUGAUCUCAUGGACAUUUACCGUGGUGUCCCUCGCCCUCGCAAGCCUAAUCUACUACUACGUGAGCUUAAAAGGAAAGGCUGGGGACUGGGGAGAUGGAUUCAAAAGCGCAUACUUUCAGCUGGCUCUGCGAAGCCUCAGAUCGCUGGGAGCAAACAGCGUACAUCCAAAGAACUGGUACCCGAUUCCUCUCAUAUUCUGCCGCCCUUGGGGCAAGCUUCCAGAGAACGUCCCGUGCCAUCCGAAGCUCGCGGACUUCGCCAACUGCAUGAAGAAGAAGGGCCGCGGCAUGUCCAUCUUCGUCUCGAUCAUCGACGGCGACUACCACGAAUCGGUCGAGGAAGCCAACGCGGCGUACCGCCAGCUCAGCGCCUACAUCGACUACAAGCAGUGCGAGGGCGUCGCGGAGAUCAUCGUGGCUCGCUCCAUAUCCGACGGUUUCCGCAGCAUCGUCCAGAUCAUGGGGCUCGGCAACCUCAAGCCGAACAUCGUCGUCAUGCGGUACCCGGAGAUAUGGCGGCGCGAGAACCUGGCGCAGAUUCCGUCGUCGUUCACCAGCAUCAUAAACGACUGCAUCAUCGCGAACAAGGCCAUCGUCAUCGUGAAAGGGCUGGACGAGUGGCCGAACGAGUUCCAGAGGCUGUACGGGACCAUUGACCUGUACUGGAUCGUGAGGGACGGGGGCCUGAUGCUUCUGCUGUCUCAGCUCCUGCUCGCCAGAGACGGCUUCGAGAGCUGCAAGAUCCAGGUGUUCUGCAUCGCGGAAGAGGGCACGGAAGCCGAGGAGCUGAAGGCUGACGUCAAGAAGUUCCUGUAUGAUCUGAGGAUGCGAGCUGAGGUCAUCGUUGUGACCAUGAAGUCGAUGGAAGCGCACUCUGAGAUCAGCCCUAACGCUAAGAAGGAUCCCCAGGAAGAGUACGCGAGCGCCCAGGAUAGAAUCAGAGCGUACCUGUCGCAGAUGAAGGAGGAUGCGCAGAGGGAAGGUCGGCCAUUGAUGGAGGACGGCAGGCAGGUCGUGGUUAACGAAGAGAAGGUCGAGAAGUUCCUCUACACGAUGCUGAAGCUGAAUACAACCAUCGUCAAGUACUCCAUGAUGGCAGCCGUGGUGCUGGUGAGCCUCCCGCCGCCGCCGCUGAACCACCCGGCCUACUGCUACAUGGAAUACAUGGAUCUGCUCGUCGUCAACGUCCCACGGAUGCUGAUAGUUAGGGGAUAUAGAAGAGACGUUGUCACACUUUUCACGUGAUUAUAUAUUGGGUUUUUGAUGUACUGCACUGCACAUUUAUAAGACAAGCUAGCUAGAUGUAGCAAAGAAAUAUAAAUAAAAUCGACGCUCGUGAUUAUUGGGUU